ACAUUUAACUGUCUGGGAACAAACGUCUAUUGUUACAAUGUACAUGUGACAUCAUAAACACCUGUACUCUAGAUACUCCUAGUGGCCGUUUCACUAGACUGGGGUGCAGCACUAAUAGAAUGUGAGCCAUGUUCCUGGCAGCUAGUGUGCAGAUAGCGCUCCCCCUGCUGGCGGUGCUGAUCUUGCAGCCAGCGGAGGCUAGAUACACUUACGAGCCUACCUGGGAGUCCCUGGAUAGUCGGCCGAUCCCCCAGUGGUACGAUGAAGCGAAGUUCGGGAUAUUUAUCCACUGGGGAGUAUUCUCAGUGCCUAGCUUCGGCAGCGAGUGGUUUUGGUGGAACUGGCAGGGGCGCAAAUUAAAGUCUUAUGUAGAUUUUAUGUCAAAUAAUUACCCCCCUGGGUUUCGAUAUGAAGACUUUGGACCACAGUUUAAAGCAGAAUUUUAUGAUCCCAUGCAAUGGGCAAACAUACUGGAAGCUUCUGGAGCAAAAUAUGUUGUCCUAACGUCAAAGCAUCAUGAAGGUUUCACCUUAUGGGGAUCAGACGUCUCCUGGAACUGGAAUUCAGUGGAUAUUGGGCCCAACCGUGAUCUAGUUGGGGAGCUGGCUGUUGCCAUUAGAAAAACAAACAUGCGCUUUGGCUUGUACCACUCUCUCUUUGAGUGGUUUAACCCUCUCUUUCUCUCUGAUAAAGCCAGCUCUUUCCAGACAAGUAUAUUUCCAGCCUUAAAGUCAUUGCCAGAGCUUUAUGAGCUUGUGAGAAAAUAUAAGCCAGAAAUCAUUUGGUCUGAUGGUGAUGGUGUUGCUCCAUAUACCUAUUGGAACAGCACUGGCUUCCUAGCAUGGCUCUAUAAUGAAAGCCCAGUUCGUGACACUGUUGUGACAAAUGACCGUUGGGGAACUGGCUGCUCGUGCAAACAUGGUGGAUUUUACACAUGUACUGAUCGCUAUAACCCUGGACACCUUUUACCCCAUAAGUGGGAAAACUGCAUGACCAUUGAUAAAUUAUCUUGGGGAUAUCGGCGGAAUGCUAUGAUCACAGAUUAUCUCACUAUUGAGCAACUUGUAAAGGAACUUGUGGAAACUGUAUCAUGUGGAGGAAAUUUGCUGAUGAACAUUGGACCCACUGCUGAUGGUCGAAUUCCUGUCAUUUUUGAAGAACGUCUCAGGCAGAUGGGGCAGUGGCUUAAGAUCAAUGGAGAAGCCAUUUAUGGCACAAUCCCUUGGAGAGCACAAAAUGAUUCUGUCAAUCCAGACGUUUGGUAUACUUGGCGUGCCUCAGAGCAGACAUUAUAUGCCAUAUUUCUGAAGUGGCCUUCUUCCUGGAAAGUAAUCCUUGGAGAGCCUGUACCUGUAACUGGAAAGACACAGGUUCAACUAAUUGGCUGUACAGGAACACUGAAGUGGUUACCAUCACCACAAACAGGAAUGGUUAUUACUUUGCCUUUUAUGAAUUACUCUGGGCUACCGGUUCACUGGGGCUGGGUUCUGAAGAUAACAAUGUUAAAAAAAGAGCCCUAAUCACCAUAUGUUUUAAACUAUUUUUUUACUGUAACAAAUCAAUAAAAACACACUAUGAUCAUUAUAA